AUGACGCCGAAUAUUCAGGAGUCGCACCACGACGUCCUCGAUGGUGUUCAUCUUAUGGCCACCACGCCGCCGGGCAGCUCCCAAGAUACUGGCCCACGCCCCUCUCCUCAACACCCGAUGACCGUGACCGAAAGCCAUGACCCCGACCCUUCCUCUUUCUCUGCACAGUCACCUUUUGUCGCGCUCAGCUCCGCCAUAAUCGAACUGUCUCCAGCGAGACAACUGAGCUCUCUUAGACACGAAGACGAAAAUUUCAGUGUCUUUUCACAUUCCCAAAACCCACUUGGUUUGUCGCGGCCGACCAUCACCGAGCAAACCCUAGUUGAAUUACUUGAAUUACUUUUGUACUAUAUUCCUGUCGUCGGCGACACCGAUUUCGACGAUCCUCUUGCAGUGGUUCGAAACAGACCGUGUUUGGCCUACUGUGCCGGCUAUGUCGCGGCGCAGUAUGCUAUUGGAUGUGCAAGGGUGCGUGCGCCCCUGCUGGCUCGUGUAACCGAAUUCAUCCAUCUUUCUAAGCGGCGGAUUCCAUCCGACCAGGAUCUGCUGUGGACAGAGCUUCAAGCAUUCGCGAUACUGUACGCCUAUCAGCCUGUAACAGACAUUUUCAAUCUUCCACAUUCACGUAGUGAUCAGCUCAGCCACUGGGAUCUCAAAUCAUUUGUCGAAUCAUUCGCUUUACGAGCCGGACUGCAUCGAUCUCUGGAGAGUGUUCGCUCGCUUCUGGAGGAAGGUUCGACUACCAACAUGGCUGACAGCCGGGCAUUCCAAGAUUACACCUACUGGUUAUGGCUGUUUACCAUGUCGCACCACUUUUCUCUCAUGACAAGAACACCCCCGUCGAUACGCGCUGACGUCUCCAUAACAACAGCGACAGAAUUGCUCAAGGACAUUUCAAAGCCUUCCAGAGUGACCCGCAUUGUGGCAGAGGUCGAUCUUUAUAUGCUGUGGAGUCAUGCUGGCCGAUACCUGCCUGAGCUUGCGGAAUGGUGGUGUACGCCUUCUUCCGCUACUGACAUCGACGAUACCAGUGACAUUUCCGAGGACGUCGCUGCUGCGCUCGAACUGUGGGCUCAGCGGUGGGGUGUCCGCGGUGAGGCAUAUGCAACCGUUUCAGACCUGGAUGUCACGAGAAAUGCCGCAGUUGAAUUUCACUUGCGAGCCACGAGGUUUCACAUUGGCUGUUUCAUCACUGGCUGGAACUUGCGCAGAGUUACGACUGCUCGAAAGACCACGCGACUUGACAUGAAUGACACUGUUCGCAGGUCGCUAUUGUCGACUAUUCAAGCCGCGUGCGACGUAUUCAAACCGUACCUAGACAUGCCUCCAUUGCGACGCGAAAAACUCAGGUACAUUCCAGAUCAGGCAUUUGCUCUGAUAGCCUUUUGCUGUCUUUACAUUAUCAACGCAGUCGACCUUUUUGGAGCAUCGUCCACUGCACUUUCGCCUUACCUCGAGACUGUCUACCACACGGGCAUCUUCUUGCAAGAGAUGGCUGUUGCAAGCAGCACCAAUCCACCCCGGUACGGUGGCGUCGUUCUUGACAGAUUGGAUCAACUGAAAUCCACGACGCAUCCGGCUGAUCAGGUGGCCAAUGUCAGAUCAGAGCCAGUACAAGAAGAACUAGCACAACAUAGACGCGCGUCACAAGAUUUGCUAUGCAUGCGUCGCGCGUUCUCUUGA